CUUGGACCACCAAUGCACAACCUCGUGAACAUCCCACUGCUGGUCUGUCUUAACAUGGCCUGUCCUGAUUUGCGGGUCGGGAGAACCGAAGUCCUUGGACCUUUCCCGACAGCGGAUAACAAUGUCGAUGCCAACUUAACUUCAGAGGGUGGGGAGUAUGAGAAGCCCGAAGGUAAAUGCAUCAUUGUUAAUGGGCUAGUGGUUGGCUGUACAUGCCACACUUCCAACAUGCUGGUCUACGGUAACAUUAACGCGAUCUAUGCAGCGGUCUGUGGUGACAAUUGUGGGGGAAGCAACGACUGUCCGAAGCCUCCUACCGGAUGGGCACAAUGCCAACCUUUCAGCGUAUGCACUAUCGGAUGCAGCAAUAAUGAGGACUGUCCUGGGUUUUGUCUAGAUAGCGGGAAGCAAGGGAAGUAUUGCUCUUUCCGCACUUGAUCAACACACAAUCAUGGGUGUUCACUCGUGAGCGGUAUUCUUGACCCAGGGCUGAUGGCCCUACUCUUCUUGUAUUCUUGACCCAGGGCCGAUGGCCCUACUCUUGUUGUAUGCUCUGUUCAGGCAGUAGUUGAGCAUUAUGUGUCUGUAGCUAAUCUCUUUAGUGUAAGUAACUGGGAAUGGUUAUCCUUGCACUCUUGAAGUUAUUUGUGCCCUCUGGCCAUUAUGUGUCUGUAGCUAAUCUCUUUAGUGUAAGUAACUGGGAAUGGUUAUCCUUGCACUCUUGAAGUUAUUUGUGCCCUCUAGCCAUUAUCUAUCCCUUACAGAGUUGCACGCAUAUGAAGAGGCUUUUCUGGGC